AAGCUACUAAUGAGCGGAGAGUAAAACAGUAUGGAGAGGGUUUCAAGCUAACUGCUAUGAUUUGACUAACUUACUGCUAUUCUAAGAGCAAAAAUGGCACCCAAGAGACAAAAAAGUGCAACAAGUAGUGCAGGCAGUAAGGGGAAAGGUAAAGGCAAAAUGAUUAAGUCACCUGAACAUCUGGAAAAGCCUAGUCAUCCUGAGGAUAUCUUCCCCAUGGUCCUGACAUCAGCCACCCAGGAGCUCUUUGGCUGCCGUGCUGAUGAGGAUGUCACAGGGGAGAGCCCUUACAAGCUGCUGAAAAAAGACGACAUCAUACAGGACAUUAAGACAAGAGCCGCAGUGUCCGAUUUCAGCCCCGUGAAGCAGAUUGUGCUGGACUAUCCAGAGGAUGAGCUCUUGCUGGUUUUUGACAGGGACUUCACUUAUGACCAAUGCUUCUACCUGGCUCUGACACCAGAAGCUAAGGACAGAAUCCUCAAUCCCCCAGAGCCUGAAACACCAGAAGUGCUUGAGUAUGAGAUGAAAGUCAAUAAAACCCCAGAACCAAGGGAAUGGAUAUCUCUUGGCAGUGAGAAGGAAAUAGAGGAAGAAUCUUUUAAAGAGACUAGAGAAAAGCUGAUGUACAAGUUUUCAAGAGUGCGCAGGAAGUUUGGGCGACCAAUCUGUUUUUCUGACCGCAACACUGCAGAUGCUAAGGAUGGCUACCUAGAGUGUGCUUCCUACCAAGACAGCAGAUUCAGCAUCAAACAGAUGCAGAGGGACUGCGGUGUGCAGGCUGUUCCCAGACUGCAGAGCAGCAGUGCUCAGACACAGUGGAAGUUUCGAAGGAAUAUCUUUACCCAGUACACACCAAGAGAGUUAAGUGAUGAAGAAAAAGAAAACAUCCUCCAGAGCGAGAGUCUGAAGAUUUUUUGCAACUCAGUGACCCAGAGGAUGUUGCAAGCCCUUCAGCAGGAAGAGAUCAUGAAUGUGUUCUUUGAUGACUGGAAGGCUCUGGGGACAGCAGCUGAAGACGGUGACUGGUCGGGGAAGGUUUCCGAAGAUUUGAUGCUUUAUCAGGCCUUCACGGACCAGAAGUACACAAAGGACAAGAAAAUCAGCAGCAUUAAUUGGCACCCCAAUAUCUAUGGUGUUAUAGCUGUGGCUCUGACAGAAAAAAAGGAGGAACGGUUGAACGAGUCCACAACGAUUGGCGUUAGCGCUUCUCUCAUUAUCUUCUAUAGCUUCUCCGACCCCUCUAAUCCCAAGUUGCUGCUGGAGUGCCCAGAUGACAUUUUUGCCUUUCAGUUCUGCCCCUCUGAUCCAAAUAUUAUUGUUGGCGGAUGCGUGAAUGGCCAGGUCGUGUUGUGGGAUAUUUCUGCUCACGUCAUGCACUUACAGGGGACACAGCCUGGUAAAAAGGCUUCUGUCAACACUGACACAUUUGAACUUGAUGAAAACAAAGAGAAUAAGAUUCCUGUUGUGCGCUACUGUGCAGUGUCUGCAAUAGAGAGCAGCCACAAAGCAACAAUUACUGAUGUCCAGUGGCUGCCACCAACAUUUGAGGUGACCAGGACUGGCUUACCAGUGGAGAACAUGUACAACAUUUCUGCUCAGGUUGUCACCUGCUCCCCUGACUGUACUGUUAUGUUCUGGGAUCUGCGAGUGUCAAGACUGUUGAGCCAGUCAACGUCAGAGAGAAAGCAGAAUGUGGAUCAGAAGACACAGCACAUUGUCCCCAACACGUUCAAACACCUGGACCGGACGUGGAAACCUCUGUUCAGGGUUUCCCUGCCAAAGAUCGAUACUAGUGGAGAAUACGCUCCUCUGAAGUUCAGCAUGGAACACUACACCUGUAAUGGUAAUAAUACAGCCAGGACCACAGAAGAAGCUAAUGAAAAUAAUGAUGAUAGCACAGAGGUCAUCCCAGACUACAGCCAGCUCAGAGUGCCCUCGGCUAAAACACUCACAGCUCUGGAAGAUGUCAAUACCAAGCUCUAUAUUGGAACAGAGGAUGGAGAGAUUAUUUACACUGACUGGAAACUGGGGAAGGACGACUCUGGAAGGCUGAACAGUGCCAAGCCCCUCCACUGUUUUAGCAUCCAUCAUUGGCUGGUGAAUACAGUACAGCGCUCGCCCUUCUUCAAAGACAUUAUUUUGACAACGGGAAGUUGGAACUUCGCCAUCUGGAAGGAUGGAGUCAUGGAUGGCCCCAUCAUCCUGUCACCAAGCUCUAAGCAGGUGUACACUGUGAGUUGCUGGUCCCUGACUCGACCAGCUGUUUUCUUCAUUGGGAAAGAGGACGGUAGCAUUGAUGUGUGGAACCUGCUGGAAAAGACCAGUGAACCCGUGCAGGUCCACGCACAUGUCACCCACGCCAAGAUCACCAGCAUCAAACCCUGGACUGCCUCUUCCAAGCAGCACUUCCUGGCUGUGACUGAUGACCUUGGGAUGGUUUGUGUUUUUGAAAUACCAAAGACGCUUUACGCUCCCUCCAGGAGCGAGAGUUUGAGUGUGAAGAAGUACUUUGAGCUGGAGGAGGAUAGGUUGAAGGACUUUUUAAAGAGGGAGGAACUGUGGGCUAAAGAGAAGAAGGAAGCAGAAGAGCUGAAGAAGAAGAUGGAACCUGACAAGCCAGUCAAAUCCCUGGUGAAGAAUGAAGAGGAGGCCUUGAAGGCGUACAACGAUUACCUGAUGCUGGAGAAAACCAUCCUGAAGGACAUGGGCCUGUGUCCAGCUACUGCCGACACACAAGAUACCUGAUAUCACACACACACACACACACACACACACACAC